UCUAGGUUUGAUGUGGACAGGGCAGCAUUCCUAAAGCACCAUAAACACGGCCAGGACCAAUAAUGGCUUUAGAAAUGAAGUGGAGAAGUUCUCACAAUUAAGGUCGCUUGGCUUGGACUAAAGACCUACCUGCAGCAUGAAGGCAACAGGUGCCUUAGUGCUUCUCAGCCUCCUCCUGCUCUCUUUCUUCUCGGAUGUAGAAGGUCAAGACAUUGAAGAGAUUUGUAGAGAGUUCGUAAACAGAAGCGUGUACUGCACGAGGGAGUCCAACCCCCACUGCGGCACGGAUGGCAUCACGUACGGGAACAAGUGUGCCUUCUGCAAGGCAGUGCUGAGAAGCGGAGGGAAGAUCAGAUUGAAGCACCUGGGGAAAUGCUGAGUCCUCGCUGUCACCGAGCAGCGACAGCCGAACCCCCGGCAGCGGCGGCCGCAGACGGAGACGGGAGCCGCUCGCCCUCCUCUCCGCCGCCUCUGCUCAAUAAAAUAAAGCUCAGCACGAUUCUUGGGCUGGAUUCCUUUUGCCGUAGCACCCAGAACAGCGCUUCGAUACAGCCAUGCUAGAGCCUAAUGAGUGGCUUCGCUCUACUGUGCUAUUUCCUCACCCUUCUCCUCCCGGGAAGCAAGGUGCUCCCUGUGCCAGAGCGACUGCUCCCGCAGAUCCCACGGGCUCUGUCUUCCCAUCCCCAGCAGCCGUAGCUCUUCUGUCCCGUCCUGUCCCUCCUGACAAACUGGCACACGCUCGCUGGGCAGCCAAGAAGCGCAACCACUCGUGGGCUCCUGCCCAAUUCCCCCCAAUCCCAGGGGGUGGGUGGCAGCGGGUGGCUUUAUUCUUUACCCAGCCUCCAUAGAGAUGUUCCUUCCUCUCUGGGAGGUUAUUGUGGGAGGGUGACAGGAGAGCUGGUGAACAGCGUGACUGCAUAUGCCUCAUCUCCUUUGGAAACCAGAGACAAACAAGCUGAGGCUGGGAAAUAUUGCUCCAUUUAAGCCUGCGACAAGAAGAUGGCAGGUGGAGGCUGGUUUUAGGCAGAAGCUGUGAGCCUCUUCUUUCCAAAUCAGUCUUUC